GGGAACAGAGACAAGGGGUUCGAUUUGGGGCCUGCAGAAUUUUGUUUCUAAGGGAUGGCCAGGCAGAGAGACCAAGUGAGCCUUUGGUUCGGGGGAAUCUCAGGCUUAGGUGUGUGAUUAGGACAGCAUUCAGCACCCUGUAGACAGCAUCUGGAGUUUGGGAAAGGUUGGGGUCUCCCAACAGGAUUGUGGUGGGGACAAGAUGCGUGGGUUGUGGUUUGUCCUUGUGUGUUUCUGUGUCUGGGUGCCUCUGUGCUGUCUGCUUGUGUAAAUGUGUGUGUAUGCCUGCCUCUCGGCCAUGAGUUCCCGCAUCUCCUGUGAGAGCCUUCAGGUCAGCUGAGAGCUGGGUUGUGUUUGUUUGUGGUUUGACCCUGGGGGGUGGGGGCUGGUGCCAAGCCUGAGAAACUGUUUGCUGAGAAGCCCCCGGAAACACCUGUGCGUCCUCCUUCCCUGGGACCGUUGUUGUUGGAGGGUUGGCAAGUCGGGGAGCUUCUCUUGCUGCUCAUGUGCCUGUGGGGAGAGGCUGUCCCUGGGAUGAAUUUCAUCUAGCAAGUUGGUUGACGGCAUACUGCCUGGGUCUGGGAUCCACAGACUUUGUGGAAGGCUAGGCAAACGGGGAUACGGGUGUUUAGAAAGGACACCUGAGUAGGGGAGAUCGCCAGCCUUCUGGUUGGUUUUUCCUGUUCACACUCAUUUCCUGUGAUGGCAGUGGGGGAGGGGCUCCCCAGCACUGGGGCCUCUGCAUCGUUUCCCCUUCCUCCUGGUGAGAGGCACAGAGAGACAAGGUAGCUGGGCUCAGCCCUAAGGGCCGAGUCCUUUGGGGAUUCCCAAGCAGUGGAAGGGGUUGUUAUUUGCUGCAGCAUUUAAGGGAAGGAGCCCCAAGUGCCCCCCACUCAGUUGAGGCCAGCCAAGCUGUGGGAAUCUCUGGUUGCACUCCUGUGGAGGGCUGAGACCCUUAAAGGGGAGACACAGCGAGCAGUGUAUCCUGGGGUGCUCCAAGUCACCCAGCUACGGACGGGAGAGCGUCGUCUUGGCCGGUCAGUUUUACUAGAAGAGGGUUUUUUUUUUUUUAAGGGGAGAAAAGAAUUUCCCUAGGAAGUUAUUUCAAACAAACAGGGUUAGAUAUUGGAGUGGAAGGCAAGAUGAAGGUGAAUUUUGAAGAUCAAAUAGGAGAUGCUAAAGAGACACAGAGCCCAGGUGGCUCUGGCCCCAGUCAGGCCUGGAGACCGGGGACUUCUCUUGUGGGCGGGGGUUUCUAAGGGAGAGUCCGAGCAGCUCCAUCACAGGGAAGUUGGACGCUGGAAAUCGGGGCUGGUGUCAAAGCCACGCUGUUCCCUGAGUCCUGGUCAGCCUGACCGCUAACGAGGGCCCGUGGCUGGGGUGUGCGGGUGGCGUGUCUGUGGGUGUGCUAGGGGCAGGAGGAGGAGGAGGAAGAGCCACUGUACGAGGGCCGUGCAGGCUGUCGGCGUGCGCCCAGCCUCACACACACAAAGGCACACAGAUGCAGCUGUGUGAAUCACCCAGCCAGUGAGUCAGCCCCAGGAUUCCUGCCGGGGAAUGAGCGUGGCCAGGCUGAGGCUGUCUGUGCCCAGACCCCAGAGUACCCCUCACCACCAUGACUGGGCUGCUGAAGAGGAAGUUCGACCAGCUGGAUGAGGACUCCUCCUCACUCUGCUCGUCCUCCUCCUCUUUGUCCUCCUCGGGCCGCCACUCUCCCUCCUGCUCCCCGAGCUCUUCGGCCUCCCCGUCUUGGGACUCGGAUGAGGAAGGCCCCUGGGAUCAGAUGCCCUUGCCUGACCGCAACUUCUGUGGCCCCCGAAGUUUCACCCCCCUGUCCAUCCUGAAGCGGGCCCCCCGGAAGCGCCCAGGCCGGGUAGCCUUCGAUGGCAUCACUGUCUUCUACUUCCCUCGGUGCCAGGGCUUCACCAGUGUGCCCAGCCGCGGCGGCUGCACCCUGGGUAUGGCCUCCCGCCACAGUGCCUACCGCCGCUUCUCCCUGGCCGAGUUUACGCAGGAGCAAGCCCGGGCACGGCAAGAGAAGCUGCGCCUACGCUUGAAGGAGGAGAAGCUGGAGGCGCUGAGAUGGAAGCUUUCGGAGGCCGGGAUACCCAAGACGGAGGCCAGCCUGCCGCUUACAGUGGACACCAUAGAUGAUGCCUCUGUGGAGGAGGAUUUGGCAGUGGCCGUGGCAGGUGGCCAGUUGGAGGAAAUGACCUUCCUCCAGCCCUACCCAGCCCGGAAGCGGCGGGCUCUGCUGCGGGCCUCGGGCGUGCGGAGGAUCGAUCGUGAGGAGAAGCGAGAGCUGCAGGCCCUGCGCCAGUCCCGGGAGGACUGUGGCUGUCGCUGUGACAGGGUCUGUGACCCUGAGACCUGCAGCUGUAGCCUGGCGGGCAUCAAGUGCCAGAUGGACCACACAGCGUUCCCCUGUGGUUGCUGCAGAGAGGGCUGUGAGAACCCUAAGGGCCGUGUGGAAUUUAAUCAGGCGCGAGUUCAGACCCAUUUCAUUCACACGCUCACCCGCCUGCAGCUGGAGCAGGGGGCCGAGAGCCUUGGGGAGCUGGAGGCCCCGGCCCAGGGUGCCGCAUUCAGCCCCAGCGAGCAGGUCCUGGCCCCCACGUUCCCCCUGGCCAAGCCCCCCGUGAGCAGCGAGCUGGGAGACAACAGCUGCAGCAGCGACAUGACCGAUUCGUCCACAGCAUCAAGCAGCAGCGAGGCACCCAGUGGCUCUGCCCACCCGGCCCUGCCCGGCCCCGGCUUCCAGCCCGGAGUGGACGAUGACAGCCUGGCUCGGAUCCUGAGCUUCAGUGACUCUGACCUGGGUGGAGAGGGGGAGGAGGAGGAGGAAGGGGGUGUGGGCAGCCUGGACAACCUCAGCUGCUUCCACCCAGCUGAUAUCUUUGGUACCGGUGACCCCACUGGCCUGGCCAGCUGGACCCACAGCUAUUCCAGCUCCAGCCUCGCGUCAGGCAUCCUGGAUGAAAACGCCAACCUGGAUGCCAGCUGCCUCCUCAAUAGUGGCCUUGAAAGCUUGGGGGAAGGCAGCCUCCCCGGCCCCCCGGUGCCAGCCAUCACGGAUGCCGGCCAGAGCAGCUCAGUGGACCUGAGCUUGUCCUCCUGUGACUCCUUCAAGCUGCUCCAGGCCCUGCCAGACUACAGUCUGGGGCCCCACUACACCUCCCAAAAGGUGUCUGAUAGCCUGGACAACCUCGAGGCAGCCCACUUCGCCCUGCCUGCCUUUUCUCCCCCUGGGGACGCCAGCACGUGCUUCCUGGAGUCCAUCAUGGGCUUGUCUGAGCCAGCCGCCGAGGCCCUGGCUCCCUUCAUGGACGGCCAGUUGUUUGAGGACACUGCCCCAGCAUCGCUGGUGGAGCCUGUGUCUGUGUGAGGGUUAGGGUGCCUUUUCCCGGCCCCAAGAGCCCUGUUGCUGCUUCGUUGUAAUUGGGGGCUCCCUGAGGUCUGCCUGUAUGUAACGGUCUCCCAUUGGCUGGCUCCCAUGUGGGCACUCCUAAUUUUCAUGCAACACUCUGGAUUUAUUUAUUUAUUUUUGUAACCUUCUGUGCUGAAGCGGGACGGGGGGGGGCACUUCCCCUUUCAGCCGCCUGGUCCCCCAUAUGCCCACACCCUCUCUUCCACUUCCAUGGCCGUGCCAGGAGCAGGAAGAAAUGUGGCUCCCCUGGAGCUUUGCAGACUCCUUUUCGGUCUUGUAUGAUGUUCCUAAGCCCAAAGACAGCCACACAGGGCUGAAAUCAGCCACUUCUUAAGGCUUCUUCUGCCACCCUGAGCCCUAGACUCAUGGGUGGCUGAAUCCUCUGGACUGUGAAGACUAUAAUUUAUUUCCAUAAUUUAUUUGGAGACUAGGUGGCUGGCAGGCAAUGCUAGGGUUGGGGUGGGGCACAGACCCCUGCGAGUCCCUUUGCCUUUUAGUCCUGCAGCCCUGCCCUUGCCGGGGCUUUGCUGUAGACCAGGCAUGGAUUUGAGCCCUCUGUCUAAUGUGGCAGCUGCCCUGCUCCGGCUGGCUGAGCAAGCCGGAGCUGGCCUGGGACAGCAUCUGGGCAGGGGGAGGGGCUGGGCUGACCAACCGUGACCAAAACCCUCUUCUGCCCCACGCAGCCCCCUCUCCUUCCUGUCCUCUGCCCCAUCUUCCCCCUCCCCAAAGGCUGCAGCUUUUAUUCCAAGCCCAUCAAUGUAGGAGGGGGAAGCAGGAGGCCCAGAGAGGGCAAGGGGCUGCCCCAGGGCCUGUAGCACGCCCCUGACCACUCAGGGCUUUCCAGGCACGCACUCCAGCCUGGUCCACCUGCCUGUACCCUAAGGCCAGUUGGCCAGGGGCGAGGGGUGGCUCCUUAUGGCUUUCAUGCCCUUUGUUUGCAGAUGUUGAAUUUCGCAUCAUAGUUUCUAUAUUGUCCCUGAGUAUUAGAAUUGUAAUUUAUUCAUUUUUCUGUGUCUGUGCCAAGAAGCCCAGGCUCUGGGCCUGCCCUCUUGCCUAGGAGGCCUUGCCAGCCUGCGAGCUUGUGGGAACACCUUGUACCUGAGCUUACAGGUACCAAUAAAGAGGCUCUAUUUUUCA